UAGAGGUGUUUAGAGAUUGCAGAAUUUGUUUUCAAAGUUAGUAUAAAAAUAUGAGUACACAAAAAGGAAAUUCAAAUCGGUCAAGACCACAGAAGUAUAAAAAUCAAACUACUUUUAAAAAUGACUUACAUGACAAAUCACUUAAAACAAAAAUCAUUAACAGCAUAGAAGUUGUAGAUGUAUGUUGUCGAUGUAAGCAAAUAAUUGAAUGGAAAAUUAAAUAUAAGAAAUAUAAGCCCUUAAAGAUACCUUCAAAGUGCAUAAGAUGUGAACAAAAAUCAGUAAAGCAUGCAUAUCAUAAUAUAUGUUUACCUUGUGCAAAAGAAAAUAAAAUUUGUUCAAAGUGUGGCAUUAAAAAUGACAUUGUCGAAGGAAAACCUAGCAAAGAAGAGUCUGUCAAGUUAGAUGCAGAAUUACAAAACCUUCUCAAAGAAAUACCUGAACGAAAACGAAGAACAUUAAUACGUUAUAUAAACCACAAUGCUGCAAGUCAAAAAAAUAACUCGGGAAAAAAUAAAAACCAAGGCAAGGAAUAUGAAGAUGAAAAAAAUAUAGAAGAAGAAGACAUAUUAAUUGCAGAGAGGACAUACAAAGAUGAUUUAUUAUUUAAAUUAAGAUCAUUAGUAAUUAAGAAAAAUUAUGAGGAUGGUUGUGACAAUGGCGAUUUAGAUUCAGACUGA